UCGUGUGCUGUAAUGUAUUUCGUUAUUACACUAAGCCGACAUUGAUUUGCAAUUGCGCUUUGAUAAUGAAAAGGAAAAAUAAGAUCACCAUCAUGGAUCUUGUCCUGCUUUGGGCCCUGAAGGUCGUUAAAGAAUUUAUCGAUCGGAUCAAUAGCACCAACAACAACGACCCAAACCGAAAAGCAGUUACUCCGGCUAUUGCCGCCCGUUUCCUGUUGGCACGUAAAUAUGACAUCACUCGUGCGAUGGCGCUUUACGAGCAGCAUGAGCUGAUCCGACAACGAGAAGGGUUGUACGGAUUCGAUCCACUCAACGAACCGCUUCGAGCAGAGCUUGAAACCGGCAAGUUUACGAUCUUGCCUGGACGAGAUGCCAGUGGAGCAGCGAUCGCUCUGUUUACUGCGAAUUUGCACUAUCCGAUGACUGUAACUCAUAAAACAACUCUACAAGGCGUUGUUUAUCAGCUGGACGUAGCGUUGCAGAGCUCCGAAACACAGAAGGCAGGAUUAGUAUUCAUCUACGACAUGAGCACUUCAAAAUAUUCCAACUUCGAUUACGAUCUGUCUCAAAAGAUCCUCACACUGUUAAAGGGCGGUUAUCCUGCACGGCUGAAAAAGGUCCUUAUUGUAACAGCUCCGCUCUGGUUCAAAGCGCCAUUCAAAAUCCUUCGGCUAUUUGUGCGUGAGAAAUUGCGUGAACGCGUUUUCACCGUGUCAAUACCACAGCUCAGUUUACAUGUUCCUCGGGAAUCUUUGCCAGUUCGAUUAGGUGGUACCUUAGAAGUUGAUCAUUCCUCAUGGUUAUUACAUUGUUACAAAUCGAUGACGAAUCGUGAAGACGAAAUUAUUGCGACAGCGGGUCAGCAACAACAGCAGCAGCCACAAGAUUCUCAAAACAGUUCCACAAGUGUGGCAGGUGCAAAUGCAGGAAAUGCCGGUAUGGGAAGUGCAGGAAUCACUGCGAUACCUGUGGGAACAGCCACACUGGAUACUCACCACUUGUUGAGUGGCGUUGGCUCGGAACUAGUGGAUGUUGCUUACGUUACCGCGCAUAAUCACCGGUCAGUGUCUCCUAGCAAUGGCACGCUGGUAGAGGAUCACUUACAUGUGGAUGAUAUUAGCGACAUAGCUGCAGUGAGUGUCAAUCAGCAUCAUCCCACAAACCAUGCAAGCAAUGUUGGACAUCACAAUCACCACACCACCAGUGAACUGUGGACAGAAAAUCCUCCGAGCAGUGCGUCUUCUGGCUUUAGCGACGACGAUAGUUUGGCCGGUGCAGAAGGAGAUCCCAAAACGAUCGACCAAAUUGUGCAGAUGGUCCGAGAGAGGGGUAAGAUGGGGUUGAUUCGUGAAUACGCCGAAAUAAAAGCCCGCGCUCCAGAUGGUACCUUCACGCAUGCAAAGUUAAGAGAUAAUUUAGCAAAGAAUCGUUACACGGAUGUGCUGUGCUACGACCAUAGUCGAGUAGUUCUGUCUCAGGAAGAGGACGAUCCCACAACAGACUAUAUCAACGCGAACUUCGUCGAUGGUUAUAAACAGAAGAAUGCUUAUAUCUCUACACAGGGACCACUGCCAAAGACAUCGUAUGAUUUUUGGCGUAUGGUCUGGGAACAACAUUGUUUGUUAAUCAUUAUGACGACGAGGGUGAUGGAGCGGGGUCGCGCCAAAUGCGGUCAGUAUUGGGAGCCAAGUGAAGGUGGCAUUGCGGAGUAUGGUUUCUUUCGAUUGCGGACAAUGUCGAUAGAAACAAAUGAAGACUACACCGUGGUGGAGUUGGAAAUAAGAAACAUUAAGACUGAUGAGGUAAGGUGCGUUUCCCAUUGGCAGUUUACCAGCUGGCCUGACUACGGUGUGCCCUCGUCGGCGAAGGCUAUGCUAAAUUUUCUUCAACGUGCUCGAGAAAAACAAGCAGAGAUGGUACGAUCGCUGGGUGAUCUGUGGGCCGGUCAUCCUAGGGGCCCGCCAAUAGUGGUUCAUUGUAGCGCCGGGAUUGGUCGGACGGGUACAUUCAUAACGUUGGACAUUUGUAUAUCUCGCCUGGAAGACGUUGGUACGGCCGACAUCAAGGGAACGGUGGAGAAAAUACGCUCGCAACGGGCAUAUUCAAUACAGAUGCCAGAUCAGUAUGUGUUCUGCCAUUUGGCCCUAAUUGAAUAUGCACUUUCACGCUCCAUGUUACAGUCGGUAGAUCUUUCAGAGUUUGAUGAUAGGGACGAAGAAUCCGACUAAAGGAAGAAACCUUUAGUGACAAAAUCUGCAUAAACGUAA